AUGGCGUCUUUGGCUGCUGAUCAUGAAAAACCUCAACACACGAGAGAGCCACAAAGCCCGCAAGCAGUAACGAAGGCUGCUCAAGAGGUUUCAGCGAACGAACUAAUCAACGCGUCAGGUCACAAGCAAGAGCUCGAGCGCAACUUUUCACUCCUCAACCUUUGUGGAGUAGCCAUCACCACCGGCAACACUUGGACAGCUAUAGGUGGCAGCGUGGCUGUCGCCAUUUACAAUGGAGGACCGCCAGGGGUGAUGUACGAAUUUAUCGCUGUUUCUGUUUUUUACUGGCUCAUCGCUGCUUCAAUUGCCGAACUCGCAUCAGCCAUCCCAUCUUCCAGCGGCGUCUAUCACUGGGCGUCCAUAACCGCUGGCCGAUAUGGGCGUGUAUGCGGCUGGUUCGCUGGCUGGUGGAACUUUUUCGCUUGGAUCUUCGGCGCGGCGUCCAUGUCUGCCAUCCUAGGCAACCAAACGGUCAGCAUGUACAGCAUACUGCACCCUGGAUUCGAGGCAAAAGCGUGGCAUAUUUUCGUGAGCUAUCUGAUUUGUACGUGGAUAUGCUGUUGUACAGUACUCUUCGCAAAUAGGGCGCUUCCCGCGGUUGGGAACCUGGGCAUGUUCUUCAUCGUAGCUGGAGUCUUGGUCACUAUUAUAGUGUGCGCGGUCAUGCCUCAUGUUAAUGGUGCUUCGUAUGCUUCAAAUGAGUUCGUGUGGCAUGACUGGGUAAACCAAACGGGAUAUACCAGCGAUGGGUUUGUCUUCGUGGCUGGUAUGCUGAACGGCGCCUAUGCCGUAGGCAGUACGGACUGUGUCACACAUCUUGCAGAGGAAAUCCCCAGACCAAGUCGUAAUAUCCCGAAGGCAAUGGCGGCGCAAUAUAUAGUUGGCUUCAUCACCGCCUUCUUCUACCUAAUCGCCAUCUUCUACUCUAUCAAUGACCUUUCCGCCGCUCUUGCUAGUGUUCCAACAUUUCCACUCGCCGGUAUCUAUAUGCAGGCAACUGGAUCUGCGGGAGGCGGACUGGGACUGCUCAUCGUCGCCUUUAUCCCAACCUUCAUCACCUGCAUCGGCUGCUAUAUCACGGCAGGUCGAACAUUCUGGACACUGUCUCGCGACAAAGCCACCCCGUUUAGCCGUGUCUUCCGAAUCGUCAGCCCAAAGUUUCACAAUCCGUUCAACGCGACUCUUCUCUGUGGUGCCAUCUGCACAAUCAUGGGCUGCAUAUAUGUCGGUUCAGCAACGGCAUUCAACGCAUUUGUGGGCUCCUACAUCAUUUUGUCCACUCUGUCUUACCUCUCGGCCAUUUUGCCGCAUUUACUUAGCCGUCGUGCAAAUGUUGUGCCCGGCUGGUUUUGGAUGGGAGACGCGGUUGGAUAUCUAGUUAAUGGCGUCUCGUGUCUUUACAUCGUGGCUUUUAUUGCCAUAUUCUGCUUCCCGCCUGCAUUGCCUGUGGAUGCGGCAACAAUGAAUUAUUCAUGUUUGAUCGCGGGUGGCUUGACCAUCUUUGUGGGAGGGUUUUGGUUCUGGCGGCAGCGAGACUAUGAGGGGCCGAGGGCUGUUACGAGUCAUGAUUUGCUUGCCAAAGAUGCGAAAUAA